AUGUCUUUAGUGAACAUAGAGACUCGUAUCAACGCAAAGUGCGAAAGGGCACGCAAAGCUGCUGGGAGUGCAAACGGCGCAAGACUCGAUGUACCUUUGCAACGCCCCGAAAUUCCGUUUGUGAUGGGUGCAAGAGCCGGAGAACUAGAUGCAUUGGUCAGGAGUAUGAGGACGAGGCAUCACAGGAGUGCGAGUGUUCCUGCUGACCAGGGGGAUCUUCGAAAGCACGAUAAUAUGAAGAAAGCAGCAUAUAAUAUCAGGCCAGAAUGUGAUACAUCUGCUUCCGCCGCGGUUGGACCAAGAUUGGACAUUGAGAAUACAGAUUUCUAUGGCAUAUCCCGCGCCAUGAUACUAGAAUGGCCGAGUAAAUCUGACCUGGAUCUGAUACUCUGUUCCCAGGUCGCAAUAUCUGCAUUACUUCAUGGUCUGAUUUGCCGGCCUUAUGCAGAAUUGUUUCGUGGGGACAUACCUUCGGCGCAAGAUGUGUUGCAACCACCUCAUGAGGGUCUGCAUCCAGUUCUUGUGGCUAGGAAGUUGUUAUUACUGGCGACCUUCUUGCAAAGUAUUCCAACAUCAGCUGUCGACGGGCUCAACGAUAUGAGCGCAGAUUAUCGAGUCGUCAUGUUGAGUGUGUUUAAAGCCGCUACAAGGCUUGUAACAACGAACGAGGAGCUUAUCACAACACUUGAAGGGAUUGAGUGUGUGAUGAUGGAAAGCAUGUUCUUGAAUAACGCUGGGAAUCUCCGUCGUGCUUGGCUCGCAAAUCGCAGAGCCAUGAAUAUGGCUCAGGUUAUGGGACUUCAUAUUGAUGCGACAUCGGCAGUUGCUGUGCUGGAGAAAGGCACUCGCGACCGGAUUGACCCAAGAUAUAUGUGGUUCCGGUUGGUCGUUUCCGAUCGUUAUCUAUCACUGAUGCUUGGGCUUCCACAGGGUAUGAUGAAGAGCUCUUUUGCUGAGCCGAAGAUGCUUGAAGGGUGUACACCCCUGGAACGGAUGGAGCGAAUGGAGUCAGUCGCUGCAAGUCUCGUACUACAGCGUAGCAGUCAAGAGCGAAUUGACCUUGCCUCAACUUAUAAAAUCGAUAAAAUGAUGCGAGAUGCGGCAGCUCUAAUGCCCCCACAGUGGUGGCUGGCAGACACGAAGUUGGCAGCUAUUUCUGACGAUAGUGGCCGGGCGCUCGAGGAAUCAGUUCGUCUAACUGCUCAAUUCGCACACCACCAUCUUUUGGUCCAACUGCACCUCCCAUACAUACUCCUCCGAUCCUCCCGAGAGCUUAGUUAUGACUAUAACAAGAUGGUUGCUGCAAACUCGAGCCGCGAGGUUUUGGUACGGUUUAUAACUUAUCGCAGCUCUAGUUCUACUCCUGCCUAUUGUCGAGGGAUCGACUUUAUAUCUUUCAUUGCGAGCACAACUCUUUGUCUCGCACACAUGCAAGCCUUGUCGGGUCCGCAAGUGCGAGAUGUUGGAACUAUGUUCAAUACAUUCCAAUCCCUCCAGCAUCAAAGGCUGAGCGACCGUGGGUUACUUGAACGUACCCUUGAAGUUAUGGAAACGAUGGCGUCUGAGAAUGAUGAUCUUGUUGCGGGGAAGAUUGUGAGAAUUCUUAGGCCACUGUUAGAUAUUGAGAGUAAUUCCUUGAAAGGGGGUUGCUAUCAUAUUACUGUAUCCACGGAAACUCUAACAGAGUCUGAGGUGGUAAGCAAUGUUGGUGAGGGCGUGAGUAGAGUUUGGAUCCAGAUACCACAUUUUGGGACUAUCCGGAUUGAGCAUUGUCCCCCCUCGAUGGGAGAGGCGGGCCCAGGUUCGUGGAUAUCGACUACUGUCGAUAGUAGUCUGUCUGUUCUCAAUGAACCAAGGUUUAUGACUAUGGGCGAUGAUGAAACCCACCCGCAUUCGCAAGCAGUACCAUCAUUCCCUGAGGUGACGGGGGAGCUAGAUUCGAAUAGAACAUCGAUGAAUUCUGGUGUAUUAAUCAACUCAAGAGAAAAUCACCUCCUACCGGUUCCGUCCCCAGAUCUUGAUGAUUGGGUGCUUCAAGGCGUAGAUAUGGCAUUGUUCAAUAGUCUUACUGCCGGAGACUUUGAAUUCGCUUUAUGA